AAUUUAUUAUUAUAGGCCUAGAUCUACUGUCUAUAUAUAUUAUUUAGAAAUCUAGUAUUUAGACUAGUUAGACUAAUAAUUAACUAAUAAAAGUAACGAAGUGACUACUCGGAAAAAGAUUUUUUGCCCCAGCGUCUCCACUUGGUCGACAAAAGAUAGUUUUGCGCAUGUACAGUGACCUUUAUAGCUGAGCUAGUGUUAGGGCUAGGGUUGUACGGUUUUAAACACACGCAUGCGCAGUACCAUAUAACACACCGCAGCGAAAGGCAAGUUGUAGUUACUCUCCAUUGCACAUGCGCAUCUUUUUCCAGCUAGAAUCUGCCUUAAAGUAAUAGUAAAUAGGCCCUUAUUUAGGCCUUAAUAUUUAUAUCAUUCCAUUAUUAUCUUCAGCAGAGUCAGUCAGACAGUGGAUCUAUCAUCUAGCAAGAAUUUGGCUUAGGUUAUUAUGGCAUGUGCCUCUACCAAGUCUGGACUUGAAGCUAAUCAAGUCAAAUUGUUUAUCACGUCAUUCAGUGAUGAGUUUUUUGCAGAGAGAGAAUUCAUAAAGAAUGAGGUUGUGCCAGCCCUUAGAUCUUGGUGUGAAAGAAAAAAGUUAACCCUUGUUGAAAAUUUUAUUAAAUGGGGGGGACGCCACCCAGAUGAAAGAAAUGUCGCUGAACUAGAAAGACUCCAGACCAGCAUAGAAAACUGCUAUUUUUCAAGCAUCAUGCCAAUUUUCAUCAAUAUCACUUGCACCUCACUGGGUUGGGUGCCCAUGUGGGGGGAGUACCCAGAAGAAAUUGUUGAAGAUUAUCAAGAAGCUUAUGGCCUGCUCUAUGAGGACUUGGAGCUUUUAGCAUCUGCUUUUAGAGAAGAUAAUUUGAAUUCCCUAUAUCUCAUACGAGAUGACAGCUUUUCCACCAACAUUCCAGAUGAAGAGAAGGCAAAUUUUGUAAAAUUGAGCUCUGCUUCUCAAAAAAUUUGUGGGGAUUGUGAUAAAAUCUCUCAUAAAUUUCCUCCACAUCGGGUCAUACUGUACAGUGCAGACUACAAAGGUAUGGACACUAAGAAGAAUCCUGUGCUUGGUUUUUCUGAAGAUCUAAAACUAAAGGUACUGGACUUCCUACAGCAGAGAAUUGCCUAUGACUACUGUGGGGAGGACAGACUUUUAGCCAGUCAUCCAGAUGAGUUUGCCAAGUCAGCUCACCUGGAAUUUUUCAAGUCUAAGGGAAGAUGUGUGUUUGGUCGUGAUAACAUUGUCUUACAGAUAGAGAAUUAUAUUGUGAAAGAAGAAAGAGAUAUUCCCCUGAUUUUACUAGGGGCAUCAGGCUCAGGUAAAACUUCAGUCAUGUGUCUUGCGGCUAAAACUAUUUUAAACAGGAUAGAACGAGCAGACUUUCCAGGGGACAAAAGCUGGCGACUCUUUUACCAUUUUGUAGGGGCUGUGCCUGGAUCCACAUCUUUAGAGCAGAUGCUGAAAAGACUUCUACGGGAAACUGGAAUGACCAAAAAGAACUCAAACUGUGCCAAAGAUUUGGACUCGGCUGCCCAGAUGUGCUGCAGUAUGCUGUCCAACCUGAACACUGACCCUCUGAUCAUUCUACUGGACGCAGCUGAUCAGUUCACCAAAGAGCAUGGGGCUAGGAUCAUCAGCUGGGUGCCCAGGAAACUGGCGCCUCAAGUACGGCUGGUCAUUGCCAUGGUCACAGACACAGAAGUCCACAAAGCUCUGCUAGGCAGGGAGACCAAGCCGACAGAGAUUUACGUUACACCUCUAGACAAUACCUCUAAACAGGGCAUCAUAGAGGAGAUUCUAGAGCAAGACAAGCUGAGCUCUGACCAGGUCAAGUCUCUGCUGGGGAAGCCAUCUUCUGAAAACCCAUUGUGGCUGACCUUAGCUUGUCAGGAGCUCAAAUUGGCCAACGGAGAGGAGAAAAUCUCUGAGAAGAUUGACAGCUUGCCUGACAGUUUACUCAUGUUGUUUGAUGAGCUGCUACAACGCCUGGAGUCUGGCCGAGAGGGUGACCUCCUGGUGGGCACCCUCUGUCUGCUGGAGGCCUCGGCCGCUGGACUCAAUCAGCUGGAGCUCAGGCAGCUUCUGGCUGAUGAAACCUCCAUCAAACCCCCAUCUCCAUAUGAAGAAAAAGAAGAGAAAGAAGGCAGAGAAAAGGACAGUAAGAAAGAGAAGGGUGUUCUGAGUGAAGAGAGAUGGCAGCUUGUGUUACACACACUGCAGCCAUUCCUGCGACCCUACGGAGACAGCAGGGAGGGACGGCUUGACUUCUACCAUAGGGCCCUGAGUAAAGCUGUUAGAAAAAGAUACCUGACUGUCAACACAGAUGAGGAAACCUCCCCAGGAAAACCUGAGAAAUCUGGCACCUAUUUCUUCUGGCACUCCAAGCUUGCUGACUAUUUCCGUUACCAUAGCGACGUGUCCAGACAGGUUGAAGAAUACCCAUACCACCUGGCAUGCCUGGAGGACAAGUUCCACCUGGCCCAGUGCUUGUGUGACUGGCCAGUCUUUGACCGGCUCUACCAUGAGGAGUACAGUUCACAGCUCAUGGCCUACUGGAGGAAGGUUGGUCCCAUAUCUGAAAUGACGUCCAGCUAUGAAGCUGCCCUGAAAAAGUUUGAAGAGGCUGACUCAGCCAAUGAGGCAGCUGUUUCAUUACGCUAUGAGAAAGUUUGUCGUGUCACCAUCCAGGCAGGCAAACACCAAGACGCCCUUGAACUACUGAAAACUGCCAUGAAGAUAGAAGAAAAAGAGUUGGGAGCACGUCCUCACCGGAUGGUGGAGCUGUAUGCCCUCAUGUCAGAGAUCUAUGAUGAGAAACUCAAGCUGAAUGACUUUGUGUCACGGAGCCAGCUCCCAGACCUCAGGAAAACAAUUCACUACGCUAAAAAAUCUAUUCACAUCAGGAAGUCCCUGCCAGGCUCCUACCACAAGUUCAAGCUUGGCAUGUCAUUAAUGAGACUUGCCUUCAACAUGAAAAGUUGGGACGCUUGUGGCGGGGGGACAGAGCUGACCGGUCCUGAUGCUGUCACUGAGGGCAACAAGUACAUCGACAGGGCACUCAAAAUAUUUCUGGAGCUGAGUGAUAUGGGACACUAUGCUGAAGCUUUAAUGACCAAAGGAGUUCUAGCACCAAGAGGGAGCAUGGAGCAACUUAAGCUCUAUAAUCAAGCCAUGGAACUUUGCAUGCAAAUGUACGGGGAGCUGCACAUUUUGACUUCCCGACUCUACAUCAAUAUUGGCAUUGUCUAUGAGGAUAAUAAGGAUUACAGGAGAUCCUACCAGUACUUCAAGAAGUGGGCCAGGCUCAGUGAAGAGAUUAUGGGACCAGACCACCCCAAAACUUUAAGGGCUAAAGGCGUCCUCAGGGAGUCCAGGUACCGCAGGAUAGCAAUGGAGCUUGGAGAAUGGGUGGAGGAUGAUGAGCAAUUAUUGGAAACAGAAGAAGAGGAUGAGAGGUCUGAGUCGUGUGAGAUGGAGCACAGCUAUGACGACACCCUCAACAACAUCCUUAUAGUCAGCCAGGACGAGGCCACGCUGGAGACCCCCCUAACUGCCACACCCAGUGACUCUAGCCAGCCCACCCCAACAACACCGCUCUUCAAUAUUGUUCCCCUCUUGCCAAACUCCUAUCUGGAAUCUGUUGGCUACAUUCACUCUCAUGCCCCAGCUUCAGACAGACCUGCCCCAGCUGGGGGUCAGCGUAACAGGCCCAGGGACACCUCCAGCUACCAGAGGUCCAGACUUGAGAGGAGCAACGCCAUUAGGAGGAUGCCACCCUCCACAGAGCAGCUGGAGGUCCACACCAACAUCCCACCUGCACACUCAGACAGCAACCAAAGGUCAGAGAGUCCCAGCGACUUGAUCUAUCGCUUCGACAACUUGCUCAGGGAGUUAACUCUAAGUAGAAGCAGUUGCGCCAGAGACGGGGCAGACAGCAGACCUCAGCAGGCCAGGCUAGGCAGACACAGAGGGGCAGACAGCACAACUGUCCUGCCAGCCAGCCCUGCUGACCUGCCAGUGUCCAGCAGGUCCGCCAGCGACACAGUCCUAGAAGAGCUGACCAACCGAGUGCUAGACUUGGCCUCCAGUGGGGGGGCUGCUGGGACCUACUCUCCUCAUGUUGUGGCCUCGCUCCGGGAACAUGAAUCCUUCAACAGAUUGGUCUCAGCUGACAGGAACAGGCUAACACCCAACAGCUCAGCUGACAGGAACAGGCUAACACCCAACAGCUCAGCUGACAGGAACAGGCUAACACCCAACAGCUCAGCUGACAGUAUAAGCCAGGUGUUUGCCAAUGGAUAUGUAGCUAGUGAUGAAGAGAAUGAUGGUGAGAACGCUGAAGAUUCUGACCACGAAGGACAUUCAGACAGUGAAAACUUUUAUGAUGACAAUUUUGAGGACUAUGAUGAGCAGUACAUUAUUGCUGGGGAUGGUGCCGCUGGGCCUGAUGAACUCACUGUUGAGGAGCAGCCAGUUUUAGAAUUUGCUUUUUCUGAAGAAGUGGAUAAUAGAUUUUCUGUGCUUGAAUCCUUGGAUGCCAGAUAUAUCCAAGCCGUGGAUAACAGGUUUGUUGGAGAUGAGAAUUCUGGAGGACCUGAGAACAAUGAUGGUAGCAGCAGCUACCACAGGACAUAGCACAGGCCAGCGUUUGCUGCUGUCCACAGGACAACAGGCCAGCGCUUGCUGCUGUCCACAGGACAACAGGCCAGCAUUUGCUGCUGUCCACAGGACAACAGGCCAGCGUUUGCUGCUGUCCACAGGACAACAGGCCAGCGCUUGCUGCUGUCCACAGGACAACAGGCCAGCGUUUGCUGCUGCUGUCCACAGGACAACAGGCCAGCGCUUGCUGCUGUCCAGCCUCUAGUCUCAUCCCACUGACUUGAACUCACUCCUCACAAAUUGUCCAGUACAAGUAACUUGUCACCAAGCUAUUGACUUAUCUACUCAUUCUUUUCAGCCUGUGUCAUAUUUUGGACCAAACAACUAUCUGUUAGUCUGUCUUAGUGUAAAUGUUGAUCUGUCCCAGUUUUUUUUUUUUUUUUCAUUAUUACAAAAUUGUGUUUGAUCCGCCUAUAGUUACUACCUACUAAAACACGGAUUUGAGAAUUUGUCUCAGUUUUUGCAUUAUAAAGAAAGGUGCCUGUGUCAUGUCCCUGUUUGUUUCUUAUCAUAUCAUAUUAUUUAUUUGUCUAAUGUCAGCCGUGUUGUGUUGGUUAUGUCAUGUCAGCUGUGUCGUGUUGGUUGUGUCAUGUCAUGUCAGCUGUGUCGUGUUGGUUGUGUCAUGUCAGCCGUGUCGUGUUGGUCAUGUCAUGUCACCCGUGUCAUGUUGGUUGUGUCAUGUCAUGUCAGCCAUGUCGUGUUGGUUGUGUCAUGUCAGCCAUGUUGUGUUGUGUCAUGUCAGCUGUGUCGUGUUGGUUGUGUCAUGUCAUGUCAGCCAUGUUGUGUUAUGUCAGCUGUGUCGUGUUGGUUGUGUCAUGUCAUGUCAGCCAUGUUGUGUUGUGUCAUGUCAGCUGUGUCGUGUUGGUUGUGUCAUGUCAGCUGUGUCGUGUUGGUUGUGUCAUGUCAUGUCAGCCAUGUUGUGUUAUGUCAGCUGUGUCGUGUUGGUUGUGUCAUGUCAUGUCAGCCAUGUUGUGUUGUGUCAUGUCAGCUGUGUCGUGUUGGUUGUGUCAUGUCAGCCGUGUCGUGUUAGUUGUGUCAUGUCAGCCAUGUCGUGUUGGUUGUGUCAUGUCAGCCGUGUUGUGUUGGUUGUGUCAUGUCAGCCGUGUUGUGUUGGUUGUGUCAUGUCAGCUGUGUCGUGUUGGUUGUGCACAAUAAACUUAUGUAACAACUCAGGGACUCUCCUUAAAUGUUUGAAUUGGCUGCUAGUGGGUACAUUCUUCUGCUCUAGGCUGUGUCUGGUCUGUAGUCUAGACACUUCAUGUCUGGUCUGGGUUGUAGUCUAGGCACUUCCUGUCUGGUCUGUAGUCUAGACACUUCAUGUCUGGUCUGGGUUGUAGUCUAGGCACUUCCUGUCUGGUCUGUAGUCUAGACACUUCCUGUCUGGUGUGGGUUGUAGUCUAGGCACUUCCUGUCUGGUCUGUAGUCUAGACACUUCCUGUCUGGUGUGGGUUGUAGUCUAGGCACUUCCUGUCUGGGUUGUAGUCUAGACACUUCCUGUCUGGUCUGCGUUGUAGUCUAGACACUUCCUGUCUGGUAUGUAGUCUAGACACUUCCUGUCUGGUCUGCGUUGUAGUCUAGACACUUCCUGUCUGGGAUAAGUUUUUUUUUAAUCUUGGACAAAGAAAUAUUUUGUUGUUUGAGAUAAGGUGUGCAAGACACAUUGUUAUUUGUAUCUACUGAUGAAGUAUGUUAUUAAGCUGUGUAUUUUUUAAUAUACUAACUGUAUGUAUAUAUAUCAAGUGUGGACUAAUGUGUAUGUAUAUAUGAAGAUGUGUGGAGUUACCUGGACAGUAUUAGGCCUGCAUCUGCUUAUUGUUAGAAAAGUUGUGAUGCAUGUUACUGUAGAAAGACAUGUUUUAGAUUUUGUAUAUAGUGAUAAGUUUCUUGUGUUAUAAAUAGAACAUCAUGUUUGAUGGCUGUGCUACAAUUUCAAUGAUGAAGAUCUGUUCUACUUAGUUCUUUAAAUUAAAUCAACAGAUUGUCUUGAAAAUUAGCCAACUGUGUUUGUGCUUUUUAAUCACCAAUGUUGGACAACCUGUCAUCCAGGUGGUUCGCUUGCAGUCCUCUAAGACUAGAGUCCAAUUCUAUGCAUCAAAUCUGUUAUAAGCCUCCUAAGUCUUUGAAAUUGUUUGAUUGCAUCCAUU